AUGGAAUCGUUAAUACUAGAAGACUUGUCGGAUAAAAAUGCAAGAAACGACGGCUUAGAUAGGGAUGAAUUGAAAGAACACUUGAGGAAGUUGGGGUUUUAUCGAGAGCCACCCACCCCAGAGCUGCUUAGAGAGGCACAGGAAGUGUACCACAAACUGAAGUGGCAACCACCGGAAGACGAGUAUGGUAGUUCUCUCCCGUGUCCCCCCUCCACAUCAAAAGACGCACUUUUGGACGAAGAUGUUUUAGAUGAGCUGGAUACGCAUGCGCUCGAGACUGGGUCAAGCUACCUAACCCAUCGUAUAGCGCUAUUAGUGGAAUUCCUAAUUCGACCUGCCGAGACAGACGUGGAGAAAGCAAGAGUACUUACAAGAUGGCUUGCCCGGUGUCUGGACGAUGAUUACAUCAGAGAUCUCCCAAGGUCCACAUGGAGUCACGCAGAAUCGACCGCCAUGUACCUGUGGAAGCUGAGACGACGUGAAAUCGAUUACGAUGAACUUUUCCACAUUCUUUGCAAACACGCUGGAUUGAAAUGUUAUGCGGUGACGGGGUGUGUCCGCAACACUAUCAAGUAUGAAGUAGGAGAUGACUUUAAGGAGCAGAAAAAGACAUGGACAGUAGUUCUUUUGGACGGCCAGUGGCGAGUGAUGGACGUCCGCUGGAUCUGUGAAGCUGCGUAUGGCGUUCUUAAAAACAACUGGCGGCUGAUCGAAGACGAGAAUGGCAAAGUCAGCCAGCGUCGAGCCAUGCGUGAAAACAGGGGAACAUUUAAGACGCAUGUUAGGUUCAGGGAUUACUACUUCUUGACUGAUCCAGAAAUGUUUAUCUACGAUCAUUUUCCGGAUGACGAGAAAUUCCAGUUGUUGGCACGACCACUGACAUACGAAGAAGCCAGAGACGCAGCGGCUUUAAGAUCCGACUUCUUCAGGCACGAUCUUUAUCUUCGGUCACAUCCUACGUGUCGUGUGCACUGCCCUGACGGAACGGUCACCUUUGUACUGGGGAUGAAAAAGAAGAAGAGUAUGGCAUUUGUGUAUAAAUUGUAUAGAUCCAAAGGGAGCCGAGAGAUUGCAUCUUCGUCGCGAAACACUUUGGAUAGAUACGUGUUUCUAGAGCGCGACAUCGAUGAAGGAGAUAUCAGGGCAACAAUCAGGUGUCCAGUCGAAGGUCAGUACCUGUUCGAGUUACACGGAAGCGAAACCAACGAAACACACCAUGCACUGUUAGUUACAUACAUUAUAGAAUGUACUGGAACAUCUGCCAGCUGCAAACCUCUACCACCAAAUAUGAGACAGGAAUGGGGUCCAGGAGAGGACACUAAGGAUAUGGGGAUGACCGCUGUCACACACAAAAAAGGCGAAGUAGAGGCUGAAGACGGAGAUGCUGAAAUAAAAUUUACAUUACAAAAAGACCUCGAAUUCCGUCAUGACCUUAUUCGUGGAGAAAAAGACGAACCUGUUUCUAACCGACAUAUCAUGCAUUCGAUAGAAAACGGUAAAAUGGCUAUCAACUUGAGAUUGCCAGAACCCGGCGAGUAUUCAUUGAAUGUUCUUGCUAAAGAGCGACAUAAGAAAACCAGGUUUGCACCGGCAUGCAGUUACCUUGUAAGCUGUCAAGACGAACCAAUACAAACAAAGCCUUUUCCUGACAUUGAAGAGGGAAAUCAUCUUGGACCAAACGACGAAUUCCGGAAAUUAGGGUUUUCCGAGGAAGAUCCAUGGCCAUCAUACAUAAGUAACCUUGUCACAGGUGAGUUCCGAAUGCAUAUAAAGAGACCCCCUGGAGUGUACGUGUUUGCCACACUUGUAUUUGAAGAAGGCCUAAAGAAAGAGGCUUACGACAAUUACGUCAUGUGUGACACACAGGAUGACACUGUAACCAUUACAAGUAUUUUCCCUAAGCAUGGAUCAUACAAACUCACAGUGUUUGCACGACCGCCAAAUAUCUCCAGUUCUGAAGGGAUUCCUAUUUACGUUAAAAUCAUUGAUGUUGUUCUCCCUACACUAACUGGAAUGCCGUCUCCAAUCCAGACCCCCGCACCGACUUGGUGUUUGGGAUACAGGCUUAAGGCGCCGCGUACCUUCUACCUCCUGGCACACGAGGUACACAAAGUGUCCCUGGCGAUGCCAGAGGCUCGAAUGAUUACAGUGAAAGAUCAUCCUGAAUGUCAGCUGAAGCAGACGGACGGACGAUUCUGGGAAGGAUACGUGCGGACGGGGCCACCAGGAGGUGUAGUGGAGAUCCUUGCGUCUGGCCGUACAGAUGAAGUUCCAUUUAGAGUUUUUACAUACGAGGUUGUCUCUAAAGAGGACUCUCUACAAAUAGAGAUGAAACAAGAACAACUUUUCCAGAAGGCACUGGACGAGCUACGAGCCCUUGAGGAAGAAAAGCAAAUGCGGCUGACUCAACGUUUAAUGCAGGCAAUCAAACAGAGAGACAGAACAAAAGUUCUCAAAUGGGUGACACGAAUGAGAGAGGUGAACGCAGAGAAAAUGGCGGCCGAAAUUGCCAAUGGCGAAGCGGUGUUGAGAGAAUUAGAAGUUGAGGAAGAGCGUAUGAUAUGUCGAAAGGAGUUGCGAAGAGCAACUCGGGCCUGUGAAGGAUUAGCUAUAGAAGCGGCUCUAGAUAAAUGCCGAGCACUACGAUUGGAGGAGGAAGAUGGCGACAUAACUUCAGCAAAGGACAUUCUCGCCAACGUGCUGGGUAGAACAGUUCCGAAGCAAGAACGUAUUGAACCUGUGGUCGAAGUACCUCUAAACAAAAGUUUUGAAGCUGGAAAUAGAAGCUUUGAUGCCGGAAAUAGGAGUUUUGAUGCGGGAAACAGGAGCUUGGACGCGGGAAACAAAAGUUUUGACACAGGUAACAGGAGCUUAAAUGAUACUGCCCCAAUACAUCUUGUGAGCAGGAACAAAGGCUUGCAUAUCUACGUGGUACAGGACGACCAGCUCCCCAUACCGGACUUCUCGUCAGUAGAGAACGACAUUCUGGAUAGCCGGGAGGAAAACAAAACGGUCGAGGAGAAGGAGGAGAAUGAAGAAAAUGAAAAGAAUAGUAUCAUUAGUUUAGAGGCAGAUGAUGACAUUGAUCAAUUAAAUACAUCAGACUCUGUAACACCAUGUGUGUUAAAUACAACAAGAGACGCUUGCCUUCAGACAGAACAGUCUAGUUCACGGCCGGAGCAAAUAGAGCUGAACGGUUCUGGCGGAGUUCACAUCUACAUCACCCAGACAGAACAGGUUCCAAAUCUAAACACUGUAGUCAACCUAGAUCGAUCCCUAGGGCGAGAUAGUGGUAUGCAGACACUUCGAGACGACAGCGGAUUGCAUUUUUCACCAGAAACGUCUACUCCCCGGGAGCCGCUUGAUCGUGUCACGAGUACACCAAAGAAAGGUAACUCCUUCAUACAGACCACUCCCACCAGGAUAUCAGUGCCAAGCAUGUACAGCUCUAUCAAUAACGAUGAUGAGGACGAGAGAAAUCCAGCGAAGGGCGAAGCUGAAGAAAGUUUCAGAGCAGCAGAAGACGCGCUCAAGGAGUUGGAGUUAGAAGAGAACAUGACUAAAGUGAAGGGUAUGGUGAGGGAAAACAUGCGAUCGGCCAGCAGAUUGACAGAAACCGAGACACUGCAAGAAGCCAUCAACGACUUCAAACGCAUGAAAUUACCAGAAGAGGAUGGAGAUCUUUCAUUUGCUGAAGAUCAACUCGAAAUAAUGUCCUGUGCUAAAGAAGCCUAUAAGAGACACCGGUCCUGGCGGUCUCGGACGAUGGACGUAUUCAAACAUUACUGGAAAGUGAUGAAAGACAAAUCUGCACGUGUGGACGAGACACUCAAUGACGAUAUAGACCACGAGAUACAGAGAUUACGUCACAUUAACACCAUGUGUAGAAAGAUGGCCAAGGCAGCAAAGAGUAUCGGACGCAACUGGGAAGCUCUCAUUGAAAGCGAACAGAGCUUUAAUGAGAUCCUGAACGAACAACCGGAAGUUAACAAAAGUCUAAGCGAGGACCUCGACAACACAACGUUACUUCAGCACGAAAUGAUCGGCGUCGAAACAGAAAUGAAAAGUGCUUUCGACGACCUAGCAGCAUCACUAGAUCAAAUGUGUGCAUCGAUGAUAGGUAAAGCAGAGAUAUCAGCAAGGGAACUUGAGGCGGCAAGGAUGGACAUGGAGCGAGAGUCACUGUUGGUCGCUCGGUCUGAUCCCGGAAAUACCAGACCCCGCGCCAAAGAACUUGCCAUUAAAGCAUCUUUCUACGCGCUUCGUACUAACAUCCUAGAGGAAAUCCGAAAGGGAAACGAAAAUGUGGAGGAAGAAAUCCGACAGAAGCUUGCGGAACUACAGCGCCACAUGGCUGACUUUCAGGGAGGCAACAAUUCAUCUAGGAAUGAUUCGCUUAACGAAAUGUUCAGUUCAUGGACUGCGAAGUUGCAGUAA